GCUUGCUCUUCCCAGAACUUGUUUGUCAUCGAACGAGGGUUUGUGUAACUAGCACGAGAUGGAUUGAGUCUUGAAUUCAUAUUCUUCGUAAAUGAAAGAAAAUUUGCACACUCCUCCUCUUCAUCUUUUUGGUUACUCAGAAAAUAUUAGUAAAAUUCAUUUGGGAAUUUAAAGAUUUUCUAACUUUAUUUCGGAGCAUUUAUUCUCUGGAUCUCAGAGGAAAGGAGGCAGGAAGAUGGCCGAAGUCUCUAUGUGUAGCAGUAGUGGCAGCACGGAGCUUACUCCCGAAGAAGAGAGGAUUGUGAUUAGAGACAUUGCUUUGGCUGCUGAAGCUAAUACUAAAGAGGGUGACAUCUUUUAUUUAAUUACUCAAAGAUGGUGGCAACACUGGAUUGAAUAUGUCAACCAAGACCAACCAAUUAAUGCAAAUGAUGGAUCCUCUUUUGCAGAGAUUCAUGAUUCAUUUGGUUCAAGCAUGUUAAAGAGACCUGCUAGUAUCGAUAACUCUGACCUAAUUUAUGAUGCUGCAUCAGAGGACUCUAGUGCGGGCAUUGAAAUACAUGAUACUCUUUUAGAAGGUCGUGACUAUGUUCUGCUUCCACAAGAAGUGUGGAACCAACUAUGCUUGUGGUACGGUGGUGGUCCAAAAUUGGCACGAAAGGUAAUUAGUGCAGGUCUUUCUCAAACUGAAUUGACUGUUGAAGUAUAUCCUCUACGCCUCCAAUUAUUAGAGGUGCCAAAGGGUGACCGCUCCACAAUAAGAAUAAGCAAGAAGGAGACAAUUGGCGAGCUUCACAGACGAGCUUGUGAAAUUUUUGAUCUUAACUUAGAACAAGUAUGCAUUUGGGAUUACUAUGGCCACAGAAAACAUGCUUUAAUGAAUGACAUGGAUAAAACUCUUGAUGAUGCUAACAUUCAGAUGGAUCAGGAUAUUCUUGUGGAGAUUUUAAACCAUGGAAAUCACAAUGCGUUGGGUGGCUGUGCAAGUUAUGUUCAGGAUAAUGGAACAACCGACAAGGAAGCUACUUCUAUUUACUUAGAGGCUUCCAAGUCAAACUUAAUCAGUGCAGGAGGCAUGCCUAACAACAAGGGGGCGUCUAAAACAGAAGUGGUGCAGAGCCAGAACCCGACUUCUUCAAUUAAAGAGUUGGACAAUACAUAUGGGCAAAGUGGUGUUAGUACGAGGGGUUCUUCUUGUGGUCUAACAGGGUUGUUAAAUCUUGGUAACACUUGUUUCAUGAAUAGUGCAAUUCAAUGCCUUGUCCACACACCUGAGUUUGCCCGAUAUUUUCGUGAGGAUUAUCACCAGGAGAUUAACUGGCAGAAUCCGUUGGGCAUGGUUGGUGAGCUUGCCAUGGCAUUUGGUGACUUGCUUAGGAAGCUAUGGGCUCCUGGACGAACGUCUGUUGCUCCCCGUCCUUUUAAAGCAAAGCUUGCUCGUUUUGCACCCCAAUUUAGUGGAUAUAAUCAGCAUGAUUCCCAGGAACUUCUAGCAUUUCUGCUCGAUGGUUUACAUGAAGAUCUGAAUCGCGUAAAGCACAAGCCCUAUAUUAAGUCCAGAGAUGCAGAUGGAAGACCUGAUGAAGAAGUUGCUGAUGAAUAUUGGGCAAACCACAUUGCUCGUAAUGAUUCCAUUAUUGUCGAUGUGUGCCAAGGCCAAUACAAAUCAACUUUAGUCUGUCCCGUGUGCAAUAAAGUUUCUGUCACUUUUGAUCCCUUCAUGUAUCUCUCAUUACCACUCCAGUCAACCACCACCCGCACAAUGACAGUGACUGUUUUUACUAGUGAUGGAAGUAAGCGUCCAUCAACUUUUACUGUCACUGUACCAAAGCAGGGCCGGUGUAGGGAUCUAAUACAGGCACUUAACGGCACUUGUUCAUUGAGGCAUAGUGAGAAGCUCCUUUUGGCGGAGGUGCGAGACCAUUUGAUUCACAGGUUUCUGGAAGAUCCACUGAUAUCAUUGUCCACUAUAAAAGAUGAUGACCAUAUUGCUGCCUACAAAAUUCCAAAGUUGACAAAGAAUGCUAAAUAUCUUCAAUUAGUCCAUCGAAGCCAGGAACAGGUUACUAGUGAUGCCCACAUAAUGUCAGGAUGGAGACCUUUUGGAACUCCUCUAGUGUCGGUAGUCUCAUGUGAGGGCCCAGUGAAGAAGGACUGCCUUCAGAGAAUAGUCAAAAGAGCACUCUCUCCAUUGGCGAAGAUUGGGACUUUGAUGGAUACUGAUGUAUCUGAUUCUAGCAUGUCACAUGCAGGAGAAGAUCUUAAUCAUCACGACUCUUCUGCUGAAACUUGCACAAGUUCAUUGAAUAGCGAUGAUCCAAAAUCUAAAGCAAUGGAACCUUUUAAGUUGCCUCUUCAGUUGUUGAAUGAGGAAAAUGUUUGCAUCGAGUUAUCAAGCGGAGAAGAAGCUGUGAGACUACCACCAUCAACAUCAGUCCUAGUGUAUAUUGAUUGGUCUCAAAAGCUACUAAAGAAGUUCGAUACGGGUUACCUAGAAAACUUGCCUGAAGUUUUUAAAUCUGGGCCAGUGAUGAAAAAAGCUCGAACUGAGCCACUCUCCUUGUAUUCGUGUUUGGAGUCUUUUCUACGUGAAGAACCACUUGUUCCUGAAGAUAUGUGGUUUUGCCCUCAAUGCAAAGAACGGCGACAAGCCAGUAAAAAGCUUGACCUUUGGCGGCUUCCAGAAGUGUUGGUCAUCCAUCUUAAAAGAUUCUCAUACAGCCGGUCGAUGAAGCAUAAACUAGAAACAUUUGUCAACUUUCCAAUUCAUGAUUUUGACUUGACAAAUUAUGUUGCCAAUAAAAAUAACUCCCAACGGCAACUGUAUGAACUGUACGCUUUAACCAACCAUUAUGGUAGCAUGGGUAGUGGUCACUACACUGCACAUAUAAAGCUUAUCGACGAAAACAGGUGGUACAGUUUUGAUGAUAGUCACAUAUCACUUAUAAAUGAAGAAGAGGUGAAAUCAGCCGCUGCUUAUGUCCUCUUCUAUCGGCGGGUAAAGACAGAAGAUGUAUCACUUAGUAAUGGAGUCCAAUCAUGUGCCUCAACUCAGAAAUAGAUGUCACUGUUCACUGUGCUUAUUUUUCUUAAAAAUGGAAUUUCAGGUAUGAGUGCAUUGUAACUUUAUUGCAUAUAUACUCGCCACUCUUGUUCUGGUUUCAGUAAUUCCAGAAGCGAGUGAAUGCUAAAGAAACUGUCCACUACAAGUGGCUGUUUAGCAUGUGAACCUGUUGUGAAGUAAUGGAAAUCACAUGGGAUAUUUAUCCCCAUGUUUUUGUAAAAAAAAAAAAAAAAAAGCAAGGAAAGGACAGAAAUUUUAGAACCAGAAAUCUUAAAACUUUAUUUGAAAUCCUUCCUUUUAUACUAACGUACUAAA